UUUGAGUCUCAGCUAGCAUGGAACUCAGAGAGGGGAGGGGUUCUGGGUCUGCUCCUUUGGGGUCCCAGCCCUACUCCUCAGAUUUUCCUAACUGCUGGCAUCUUUGUGAUUAUCCUCAGCUAAUUAUCCUCAACCUGGCUGGCCCCUCUCAUGGAAUGGAAACCACAGAACAUACCCUCUACCAUGCAUCUCAUUGGAGAAAAGGUUUUUUUCAUUGUAGAUGAGUGCUUUCUAACCAUCAGAAGCAAGAACAGAAAGUAUCACAAAAAUCAAACAACAGGAGGUUGAAGAGGGGCUAAAGUGAAUGUUACUGACCACAGAUUGAUUUCUCAGAUGUCUCUCAUCGCUUGUCCCCAUCACUGCAUAAAAUCAAGACUUCAUCCUACCGCGUAACUGAAAUUCAUUCAUGUUCUCCUCUACACGAUGAGUAUAGAAUUACAAAUGGAAUGGUUCUGAGAACGUUGCAUGUGGGGCGUUAUUAAUACAAAUUUUACCAUUAAAAAAUUCACCAUUAGAAGAAAAAAACACAAUAUUACUUGGUGCUAUAUUAUCCUGCUUGGAAGGGAAAGGGAAACGGCCCCUCAAGCCCUGGCCAUGGCAGGAACUCUCAAGUUCAACCCAGAGACCGAUUUCCUGACAGGCAAGGACGGCAAGAAGCUCAACCUGGAGGCGCCGGAUGCCGACGAGCUUCCCCGUGCAGAAUUUGACCCAGGGCAGGACACCUACCAGCAUCCCCCCAAGGACAGCAGCGGGCAGCGGGUGGACGUGAACCCCACCAGCCAGCGCCUGCAGCUGCUGGAGCCUUUCGACAAGUGGGACGGCCAAGACCUGGAGGACCUGCAGAUCCUCAUCAAGGUCAAAGGAAAGUGUACUACUGACCACAUCUCGGCCGCCGGCCCCUGGCUCAAAUUCCAUGGGCACCUGGACAACAUCUCCAACAACCUGCUCAUCGGCGCCAUCAACAUUGAAAAUGGCAAGGCCAACUCCAUGUGCAACGCUGUCACCCAGGAGUUGGGCUCUGUCCCUAGCAUUGCCCGCCACUACAACAAACAUGGCAUCAGGUGGGUGAUGAUUGGUGAUGAGAACUACAGCGAGGGCUCGAGCCGGGAGCACGCAGCACUGCAGCCGUGUCACCUUGGGGCCCGGGCCAUCAUCACCAAGAGCUUCACCAGAAUCCACGAAACCAACCUGAAGAAGCAACGCCUACUGCCUCUCACCUUCGCAGACCCUGCCGACUACAACAAGAUCCACCCUGGGGACAAGCUGACCAUUUAGGGCCUGAAGGACUUUGCCCCUAGCAAGCCCCUGAAGUAUAUCAUCAAGCACCCCAAUGGAACCCAGCAGACCAUCCUCCUGAACCACACCUUCAAUGGGACCCAGAUCCAGCGGUUCCGCGCCAGCAGCGUGCUCAACAGGAUGAAGGAGCUACAGCAGUGAGGUCGCGCUCCCGGACCCGCCCAACCGUGCCGGCCUCAGUGCUGCGUCUUGCACCAAGCCGGAUCUGAUCCAUCCAGGCCAUGGCUUCCUGCCUGCCCCUCAGCCCCAGAGUGACCCACGGCUGAGGGGCUCCUUAUGGUCUUCAGCCCUCACCCCCCUGUUGCCGAUCUGGUUCAGAUCUCGAGUGGUCCCUGAACACUCCCAUCUAAAGUGAUGACAACACUCCCAUCUAAAGAAGUUUUUACUCUGCCUGAUCCUAUCACUGGGGGCUGAAGAUUUUAGAGAACUUUUUGUUCCUGCAAGGAAAAUAAGAAUCAAAUUCAGCGAAAAAAAAAAUGGCAUUAAUUUUAGAGCAGUUUUAGUUCACAGAAAAAUUGAGGAUAAACUUUAUAGAAUCUUCUCACAUCUCUGCUCUUACAUGUGCACAACUUCUGCCACUACCAACAUCCAGCAACAGAGAACACUGGUUCCAAUCAACAAGUCCAUGCUGCACCUCAUUUUUACCCAAAGUCCAUACUCUGUGUUGAAUUCACUAUUGGUGUAUUACAGGCUACAUUUUUAAAAAAUGAUUUAUUUAUUGGAAAGUUUGGGUUACAAAAAGGAAGAGGGGAAGGAGAGGGAGAGAGAAGGAAAGGGAGAGGGAGAAAGAGGGGUAGGAAGACAGAGAGACAGACAGACAGAGAGAGAGAGAGAGAGACAGAGAGAGAGAGAGAGAAGUAUCCCAUCCACUAGUUCACUCCACAGAUGGCUGCAACUACCAAAUCUGCACCUGGCUGAAGCCAGGAGCCAGAAACUCCAUCCAGAUCUCUCAUGUGGGUGGCCAUGGCAGGUCCAAGCACUUGGGCCACCUUCUGUUGCUUCGCCAGGCACAUUAGCAGGGGGCUUGGUCAGAAGCAGAGCAGCCAGGACACAAACUGGCCCCCUGUAUGGGACGCUGGUGUCCCAGCUGGUGGCUCUACCCACUACACCACAAUGCCAUCCCCACAUCCUACACACUUUGAGAAAUCUAUGAUCACAGGUAUCCUUCAUUGCAGUGUCACACGAAAUGGUGCCACUGCCCUAAAAUAGCUCUUUACCCUGCCUGUUCAUCCCUCCCUCCACA